AUGGCUAUAUCUUAUCUAAUUUACUUUACCAAUCUUACUUUAUUGGGUAGAGGACAACAAAGCCAACCUAUUACUUCAUCAUCUUCAACGGUUCCUAAGCCUCGAAGACAGCGGGCUUCCCCAUCGAGGCUCGUGAAGCUCUACAAUGAUUUGACUCAACCUCCGAAGAAAAGAAUAUGGGCGAUUGGUUUUGGUGGUCUCCUGAAGAUUGCUUCUAAGACCCUUCCUAUAGGUUUUGCAGACUGGUUGAUGGCUGAGUGCUAUGAUGCUGAUUCAUCAGAGCUAGUGUUUCCUAGCAGGGGAAGGAUUUUAGUCAAUGUUGAUUCAGUGUGUCGUGCUUUUGGUCUUCCAAACAAUGGUGAUGAAGUUAAGUAUGAGCUUGAUGUUGGUGCGAUCAACUUCAUCAAUGAUGAGUAUGCUGGCUUAGCUAUUAGCCCAAGGUGCUAUCCAGCCAUUAUGGAUCUUUCUUGCGUCAAGAAGUUGAAUUGGUGCCAGUUUGUUGUUGACCAGCUUAAAGACGUAGCAGCCAAAAUGGGCAAAAGAAGAUCUUUUAAGGGUUGUCUUCUUGUCCUUGUGUGUUUGGUCAUCAAGUUAGACACCAACCGUGAUGGCUCAUUUGGGAAGCUCAAGUUGAAAGGAUCAAGCUAUUCUACUCCACAGCCUUCAUUGUUCCAUAUGGAUGAUAUAAGAAGAUUUGUCUCCUCGAAGGUUCCCAGUGGCAUUUCAGAUCAGACCCGUUGUACAUCUUAUAUGUUAAGACUCAAAUGUUAA